AGGCUUAUUAAAAAGUGGGACGGUGGCUGGUUGGAGCUUUAUCUUAGGACCUCAGUACUUGUGUUAUGAGUCUUAUAACCUCCUUUUUGUUUUCCUCCCAUGUACAGUAAAGAGAUGUUUGCUAAAAUGGAUAUCGUUGGCCAGUUUAACUUAGGAUUCCUAAUAGCCAAGCUGAACUCGGACCUCUUCAUAAUCGAUCAACAUGCGUCUGAGGAGAAAUACCACUUUGAGCGAUUGCAAGAGCACUCUGUUCUUCAAGGACAGAAGCUGAUUUCCUCCUGUAACCCAAAGAGCGAAGCUAGUUUCUUUGCCAAUGAGCAAAACCUGGGCUUUUGGUCCACAAGAGAUAGAAGACUGAUCUUCAUGGGAAGCGAUGGCCCAGGAGUGAAGCGCAGGCCUUCCAGAGUCAGGCAGAGGUUUGCUUCUGGGGCCUGUAGGAAGUCUGUGAUGGUUGGAAGAGCACUGAAUGCGCAUGAGAUGAAGAAAGUCAUAGUUCACAUGGGAGAGACUGAGCAUCCUUGGAACUGUCCCCAUGGAAGACCUACAAUGAGGCAUAGAGCCAACCUGGACCUGAUUUCACAAGAAUAACUAAGCUGUUUCUCUUUGGAUUU